AUGCUCCGCAUCAUGAAUUCCUUCGCCUCGGUCUUUAUGAUCAAACGGCUAUCGGCCAGCGAAAAGCGCCGUCUCAACAUCGCAGCCGACGACUCCGACGAUGCCAACGACGACACAUCAGCGCGCCUGAUGGGCUCCGGCGAAUAUUCGCACGGCUAUACACCAAACCCGAAAGACCGCAAAUACAGACGACCCUUCCUCCUCACUUGCCCAGCUUUCACCAGUCUAAUCCUUCUCUCUCUCCUCAUCGGAAUCCUCGCAACUAUCCUUCUCGCCGUCACGAACCCAACCAUCCAACGCGCUCUUGUUCCGGCCCCUAAGAAGUUCCACACACCCUGCGGAAGCACGCCCUCGGAAGCCCGCAAAGCCGGCUGCCAUUUUGAUGUGAUCUCCUUCUGCUGGCUCCCUGACGCCUGCUAUGACGCCGAGCUCUCGCGGCAGUUCGACGACGAGAACAAGCUCGAGUGGUACCUCGACCCAAAUCGGACUCUGCCGCUGAGUCACCAGGACAUCAUGACGGGGGAGUAUACGGGUGUGUAUGUGAACUGGGAGUACCAUCUACGGCACUGUACGGCCAUGUGGAAGAAGAUGCAUCGCGCGGUGCUUGGGAGUGGUGGGCGGGAGGCCAUCGAUGGGUAUAUUGGGGUUUACGAGCAUACGAAGCAUUGUGAGAUGAUGUUGCUUGGGGAUCGAAGCAUUGAGUGGGAGGCUAUUAAUACGAGGAUUAUGGUCAAAUUCCCGGAUUGUGGGAUUUGA